AUGCAAAAAGGUUCGAACGAUGCAACAGUGCACGCCCACGACCCCCUACUUUUUGGCUUUGUCGCUAACAUAUCUAGCUCCUUGUCUUUUGAAGAUCGUUGUUUGAUGCCCCCUGUGGCUUCCCAUCAGUCGUCGUUAAGUAGUUGCAGCACACUCAGUAGUGCGCGAUUGGGGCGGCUAAACAGCACUCCCGCAUCUGGCGCUCUCACUCCUGAGGAUCAAGGGGUCCCUACGCCACUACGUCCUAAAGAUGCAACUAUGAGACUUGUGCUCCAGUCGACUGAGGCUUGUAGCAAUGCCUCGACAGCUGUGAAGCCUGAGGCGAAAUCCAUGCAUGCUGCAGCGCAAUCCCCCCUUACUUUUAACGUAUCACAGACACUUUUGCAGCUUCAGCAACAGCUACCUGGUAAAAAGCUGGAGACACCAACAGCCGUAGCAAAGGGCGCGUUGACAGCAGGUGCAGCAACAUUUGAACCAGGAUCUCCCGCUUCUCGAGCACAAGUGUGUCCCAACGCAGGAAGUACACUUGCGACAGAAGUAAAACACUCCGGUCCUCAGAUGCGCAAAGCCCCCCGCAGGGCAGACGCUCGAGUUUCCAAUGCCCCGACAGGAACUACAAAAGCCACCUCAAGGGGCACACCACCCUCCAGUCAGCUACUUGCAUCCAUGGGGCUUGGCAGCCCCACCCCAGGUUCCCCUAUCCAAAGGUGUUCGGCAGUGGCGAGGCUGCCAGUAUCCGCCGCAGCAACAAGCACCAAGUCAAUUUCGGGCGGCUCUGCCCCAAAGGCAUCGGGCUCUCGAGCGGCCCUUGCAGGCCUGAGGCCAGAAACGGCAAAAUUACUAUCACCGGCUGCAUUUGCUGCACCUCCCGCAACUAACGUUACACCUAAGCCUGCGCAACCUGCUAGUCCAUUAAGACCAGCAGCCACUGUAACAGGUGCACGCACGACGGUGGCGAUGCCUGGAAGAGUAGCAGCAAAGCCGGUGGCUCCAAGAGCCACACCAGCAGACCGGCCACAGACGUCAUUCGCAAGAAAGCCUCCUCCAGUGAAGACGGCAUCACAGUCUCCCAGUACUUCAAGGGCCGCUGGUGCCUUAGCUAUAGCUGUCGCUAGCAAGCAUAUGGGGCCGCUUCUUCCUUCUCUAGGAGCCCCGAACACAGUACCUAAGAGAGUUGUUGCGGACAUGUCUCCGCCUGCUCAAGAGCAACCUGCUACUGCCGCAACGCCAGGCUAUCGACAGACGCGAAAGACUACACUGGAAGACACGCGGACGGCGGCUGCGACAUCACUGGCAGCGUCGCUAGAAGGGGAAAAUGCUCCUUCCAAGGGGUUCUUGCUGUCUGAGGUGCAGUCCAACAGUGGGCCGCCCUCGUACAUGACGGCUGAUUGCAGAGGCACGCAGAGGAGGUCCUCUUGCGGUGUAGCAGUGCCAGGUAAGUUCCAGAGUCCUACAACACUUUCCCUUAAGACGUUCGCUGCUGCAGCAGGGUCCCCUAAGGCCGCUAUUGCAGUGGAAACCCCUAGCGAUCUCGCUGCGUCACCAAAUUCCUACAAAUCCCAUGGGGCCUCAAGCUACACCCCGGGUGAAAAGGCAGUAGUGGCAGGACCACCUGACCAAGUUGCGGAAGCGGGGGCCCUCGGUGCACGCUUGGUGUCGCGAUUCUCCAGUAUUUUUAAGCGACCAGGCCGAAGCGAGAAGUGA